AUGGCCUCAGCUACAGGCAUUCCCGAACAGGUUCCCGCGAGCUCCGAGCAAGAGCCGUUGCUUGGAAGACCCGGCGAUGCCACCCAACAAUCCGACCAGGGCUUAUACUACAAUUUCUUUACCGGCACCGCUAUUCUGGCACAGGUCGGAGUCUGGAUAUUGGCCGCUAUUAUCUGGGCUGCCAUUUUCGAGCACGGUGUUAUGUUCUUUAGCGCGCAUCCUCUCCUUCAGUCGGCCGGCGUUCUCUUUCUCGUACAAGCGAUCCUCAUCGUACAGCCUACGGCGACACAAAAGCAGAAACGAGAUGGAACAUGGGCACAUUCCGCACUCAAUUUCGUGGGCGUCGGAGCGUUGGUGGCAGGCGUAGUGGUCAUUGAGCUCAAUAAGGCACCUCACCCAGAUCAGCGCUUCAAGUCGCCCCAUGGCAUACUCGGCAUGAUCACCUUUGGUCUCAUCUGCAUUCAGGCCAUUGUUGGCUUCGUGCAGUACUGGACGCCGAGCUUGUUGGGCGGAGUCGACAAUGGCAAAGCCCUCUACAAGUAUCAUAGGGUUUCUGGCUACACCGUCCUCUUUGCCGCUCUUGCAACUGUUGCGACAGCCACUCAAACCGACUUCAACAAGAACGUCCUUGGCGUCAGACUUUGGGCUGUCCUAGUGGCCAUUGUUCUCGUUCUCAUUGGCAUCAUUCCUCGAGUCAAACCAGCUAAGCUAGGCUUCUAG